AGAGGGGUGUGGGUAGAGCGAAACGAGCGCUUUGCCUUCAGCCUCGAAGUCAAGGAGAGAGAUGAAUAAUGCGGGUUGUGGUUGAAGGAGAUAUGGAGUACCGAAGCGCCCAAGCGGCUUAUUAGUAGUGAUAAUUGAAGAUUGAUGGACGAAGAGUGCGCUAGUGCAGGGCGGCAUGUCGACUAACUUAGUGACCUACCUUACCUGUAGGUACCUGCGGGGGAAGAAGGAGGACCUCUCACAAAGAAUGACAUCGCCAAAGUCCCGGCUGCGACUUCCACCCUUCUGGAGCUGUUCAAAUCAAUUUCUCGACGACCUUGAUCAGUUUCACAACAUCAGACCCAGAUCAUACCACUCGCCUUUCCUCGCGAAACCUCAUUUCCAGCCACUCGGGCCUUUCUCCCACCAUGACCAAGUCGCAGCAAUGACAACCGAUCCAAACUGGCCGCCGCAAUGGCUCACUGUCACGAUCGUAGUGCUGUAUUAUGUGGUUUAUCCAGUGUAUCUUGUUCUCAAGGUGCUAUGGUACAUUCUUCUACUUCUUUCCAGUCCCUUUAUAUACAUAGGGCACGCUACAUUCAAUCUGUCCAUGAUCCCAUGGCGCAUAUUUGCCCGUUUUGAGCCGAUCUGGUAUUUUAUUGGUACCGCAGUCAUCCUUGGUGUGCUGCUCGGUCUUACCCUCCAUUUCGCCAUGCGCGCCUUCGUCGUCGUUCUAAACCUCGACCACAAGCCUGCGCAGAAGCCUAUCCCGGCCAGAGGACAUGAUGCCGUAUCCUACAGAAAGGCACGGGAAGCAAAGAAGCAGAAACAAAUGGAUGAGCAAGAAAGGCUCAACGCUCAGGCUCAAUUGAUCGCAUCGCAGCCGUUAAUUCAGGAGGCGGUGCGAGAAGCAAGGAAGAUGCCACUCUCUGGUGCGCCUGUCAGUCCGUUGAGCCCCAAUGUCUCUGGUGCCAGGACGCCCGGCCUGCUGCAGCAGACGAUCCUUGAACAUAGUGAUGAAGACGAUGAUUCCUCGGUCUUUUGACAAACUAAAGCCGGGUUCACCGCAAGCCAGCUUUGACGAGAGCUUGUUGGAACAUGUCCUUGCACUUGACUCGGCUGCUCAGUCUUGCACAUAAGAGGAAUGCGCCACUCAGUUUGCGAUGUAGACUGUAUGUCUCCUCUGGCGGUGGAGCAAGCCGUUCUUUCAGCAUCACUGGUAUCAGACCACGCACACGAUCAGU